CUGCCUGCUUCUCUCUUGCUGCCAUUUUGUUCGCAAAAAGCAAUCUCUCUGCCGCCUAUCUGCCGCCUAUCUGCCGCCCUUACGAGCCUUUCAUCUGUCUCAUUCAACAAUCCCCAACUUUUAAACUAAUCGUCACGCCUGCAGACCUCAAUUCAAAAUGCCCAAGGAGAAGGUUACCCGCAAGACCAAGCGUGUUGAGCGCAAGAAGAAGGACCCCAACGCUCCCAAGCGUGGUCUCUCCGCCUACAUGUUCUUCGCCAACGACAACCGCGAGAAGGUCCGCGAGGAGAACCCCGGUAUCUCCUUCGGUCAGGUUGGUAAGAUGCUCGGAGAGCGGUGGAAGGCCCUGAGCGAUUCGGAGCGCCGCCCCUACGAGGAGAAGGCCGCUACCGAUAAGAAGCGUUACGAAGACGAGAAGGCCAGCUAUAACGCUGCCGCCGAAGAGGAUGAGGAGUCCUCUUAAAGCUCCCCAAUCUCCUAGGUCUUGUUGCUUGGACCCAAUGGCGUUUGUGUCUUUUCUCGUGUGACGUGUAUUUGUGGCUUUCUAUAUUCUAUUAUCUAUUCAACGGCUUCUGGUACGGAUGACGGUGGUUCUUUCCUCUCCUUGCUUUUCUGUUCAUGAAGGAUAUCAAUGGGAAAUGUUUACUGUACGGACUGGCG